AUGUCCCGGAGAAGGCCCCAUUCGAGUACUGGGUGUCGACUAUUUCAGUCUGCGGAGGACGGGACAAGGAUGAUGGGAUACGUAGGACUUGAAGUUUCCUUGAGGGCCAAGCGGUGGAGGUCCUCUCUAAUAUGGCUGGGACUGCUGCUGCUGCAGGCAGCCCCAGCUGCCGUGUCAGCUCAGAAACUCGAUGAGAACGACCCUGUUGUCACCACUGUCUACGGCAGGCUGCGUGGUGUCAAGAAAGAGCUCAACAAUGAGAUCCUGGGUCCAGUUGUGCAGUUCCUGGGCGUCCCAUAUGCUUCCCCACCCACUGGCGAGCACCGCUUUCAGCCACCCGAGCCGCCGGCAACGUGGCCUGAGGUGCGCAACGCCACACACUUUGCCCCAGUGUGCCCUCAAAGCAUCGUGGAGGGCCGUCUGCCAGAUGUGAUGCUGCCUGUGUGGUUUACCAACAGCAUUGACAUCGUGUCAACGUACGUCCAGGACCAGAGCGAAGACUGCCUCUAUCUUAACAUCUACGUCCCCACUGAGGAUGGUCCCCUUACAAAGAAACACACUGAUGAUUUAGGUGAUAGUGACCGCACGGACGACGAAGACAUUAGGGAGAGUGGAAGCCCUAAGCCGGUGAUGGUUUUCAUCCACGGGGGCUCCUACAUGGAAGGCACUGGAAAUAUGUUUGACGGCAGCAUCCUGGCCAGCUAUGGCAACGUAAUCGUCAUAACCGUAAACUACCGGCUGGGCGUCCUAGGUUUCCUGAGCACAGGUGACCAGGCAGCCAAAGGGAAUUAUGGUUUGCUGGACCAGAUCCAGGCUCUGCGUUGGACGAGUGAGAACAUCGCAGCCUUUGGCGGCGAUCCGUUACGGAUCACCGUGUUUGGCUCAGGCGCUGGCGCUUCCUGUGUCAACCUGCUCACGCUGUCUCACUACUCGGAGGGCAACCGGUGGAGCAACUCCACCAAAGGCCUGUUCCAGAGGGCCAUCGCCCAGAGCGGCACAGCCUUGUCCAGCUGGGCCGUCAGUUUUCAGCCAGCUAAAUAUGCCCGGAUGUUGGCCCGUAAGGUGGGCUGUAACCUGGAGGACACCGUGGAGCUUGUGAGUUGCCUGCAGAGAAAACAUUACAAGGAGCUGGUAGAUCAAGACAUCCAACCAGCCCGCUACCACAUUGCCUUUGGGCCUGUUAUCGAUGGAGACGUUAUACCCGACGACCCUCAGAUACUCAUGGAGCAAGGUGAAUUCCUCAACUAUGAUAUUAUGCUGGGAGUGAACCAGGGCGAGGGCCUCAAGUUUGUGGAGCUAAUCGUGGACAACGAAAAUGGCGUGCAGGCUAAUGACUUUGACUACGCCGUGUCCAGCUUUGUGGACGACCUCUAUGGCUACCCAGAGGGUAAAGAUAUCCUACGGGAGACCAUCAAGUUCAUGUACACCGACUGGGCGGACCGGCACAACCCAGAGACUCGCCGCAAGACACUGCUUGCCCUGUUCACUGAUCACCAGUGGGUGGCGCCAGCUGUUGCCACGGCCGACCUCCAUUCCAGCUUUGGGUCACCAACAUAUUUCUACGCCUUCUACCAUCACUGUCAGACAGAACAGGUACCACCGUGGGCAGACGCAGCACACGGAGAUGAGAUCCCGUAUGUGUUUGGCUUGCCGAUGAUCGGACCGACCGAGCUGUUUCCCUGCAACUUCUCCAAAAACGACGUGAUGCUCAGCGCCGUGGUCAUGACCUACUGGACGAACUUUGCCAAGACAGGGGAUCCAAACCAGCCGGUUCCUCAGGACACCAAGUUCAUCCACACCAAGCCCAAUCGCUUUGAAGAAGUGGCAUGGACACGCUACAACCAGAAAGAUCAGCUUUACCUGCACAUUGGUCUGAAACCCCGGGUCAAAGAGCACUACCGGGCCAAUAAGGUCAACUUGUGGUUGGAGCUGGUUCCUCAUCUGCACAGUCUCAACGAUGUCACUCAGCUCAUUCCCACCACCACCAAGAUCCCUCAACCAGAGGCAACCAACCGUACACCAAAGACCAAGGUUCCGGUGACCAAACGCCCUAACCCGACUCCGUUCCCCACUGACACCGAGGACAGCCGCAACCAGCCACACCUGGUGGACCAGCGCGAUUACUCCACCGAGCUGUCAGUGACCAUCGCAGUGGGAGCCUCCCUUCUCUUCCUCAACAUCCUGGCCUUUGCUGCUCUGUACUACAAGAAGGACAAGCGUCGGCAUGAUGUUCAUAGGCGCUGCAGCCCCCAGCGUAAUGCAGCCAAUGACCUGGCCCACACUCAGGAGGAGGAGAUCAUGUCCCUGCAGAUGAAGCAGCACUCUGACCUGGACCGGGACUGCAGGGGAGUGGGCGACACCCUGCACCCUCACGAUGUGGUGCUGAGGACUGCCUGCCCGCCGGACUACACUCUGGCCAUGAGGCGCUCACCGGACGACAUCCCGCUCAUGACGCCGAACACCAUAACCAUGAUCCCCAGCACCAUGGGGGGGCUUACCUCGCUCCACUCUUUCAACACCUUCCCAAGCAGCGGGCAGAAUAACACCCUGCCCCACCCACACUCACACUCUACCACCCGGGUAUAG